GCCCCCGGGGAACAAAGGCGGGCGGGGGCCGCCAUCGCCCUCAGCCCGCCCGGGCCCACCCGGGGACCCCCCAGCUCUGCCUUGCCUGGUUAUAACUGCGGGCGGCGGCCCUUGGCGGGGCGGGAGCGGCGGUGUGAGCGCUCUGAAGCGUCGCGGAGGGACGAGCGGAGGGCGAGCUCCUGCCAGACCCCGGGUAGCGGGAGCGGAGAGCUCCGCCAGCGCUCUGGGGAACGAGCGCUUGAAAUGCCCCGAGUGUGCGUGGUGGGGCGGAGGGGUGCGCUGCCGUUCCAGGGGAACCCCGGCAGGCUGGAGAAAUUAAUCACGGCGGGGGAACGGCCCCUGCACCAGUACGGGCUCUGCAGGAAGGGACUCGGGGUGCCCGUGGGGAGCAGUGGGCCCUUGCCGCGAGGAAGGGUGAGGGUAUCCUGGGCUGCGUGGGGAGGAGUGUUGGCAGCAGGGCGAGGGAGGUGACCCAUCCCCUCCACUCAGCACUGGCGAGGCCGCUGUUGGGGUCUUGGGACCAGUUGCAGGGUUCCCCAGUGAGAGAUACAGACACAGCAGGGAGAGUCCAGGCAAGUCCGUUCAGAUCAUGAAGAGUGUGGACCGUCUCUCACAUAAAGAAAGGCUGAGAGAGCUGGGACUGUAGUCUGGAGAAGAGAAGGCUCAGGGGAGAACUUACUAAUGUAUAUAAAUACCUGAAGGGAGGGUGCAUGGAGGAUGGAGCCAGAGUCUUCUCAGUGGUGCCCAGUGACGGGACCAGAGGCGUGGGCACAGACACAGGAGGUUUUCUGUGAGCAUCAGGAUCCACUUUUUUUACUGUGAGGGUGACCGAGCACUGACGCAGGUUGCCCAGAGAGGCUGUGGAGCCUCCAUCCUUGGAGAUAUUCAGAAGCCGUCUGGACGUGGUCCUGGGCAGCCUGCUCUGGCUGACCCAGUUUGAGCGGGAGGGCUGAACAAGAUGACCUCCAGAGGUCCCUCCCAACUGCUCUGUGAUUCUGUCUUCAGGUUCUUGUAACUUUGCUUGUUAAGUACAUAUUUUAGCAAGAAUAGUUAGUUUAUGUUUGGGGGAGAUAUAGAUCUGAGUUAAUGUUUUCAUAAGAAGUUGGGGGGGUUGAUCAAACUAUUACAGUUAAAAACAGCAACAUCAGUAGAAAGGAUCAGGAAUGCUUGUUUUGAGGAAAAAAAAAAUCUUACUGGGCUUUGAGCUAGGAAACUCCCAAUGAGAAUUCAUUUCUAAAAAAAUCAAGAUGUCUCCUGUAACAAGGUUUUUUCAUUCAGAGCUCACAGCUGCUGGUAGGAAUGAAGAGGUAAUAUUUCAAUAAUCACAUUACCAGUUCCCAGCACCAAUUCCCCAACUAAGAUUUUGCCAAAAACCUUAGGACCAAUCAAUGUGAAUGUUGGACCCCAAAUGAUCAUAAGCACAUCGCAAAGACUGACCAAUUCAGGGAGUGUUCUGAUUGGGGGUCCAUACAACCCAGCUCCAACAAUGGUCACACAGACACACAUAACGGAAGCUUCUGGCUGGGUCCCAGGGGACAGAAAACGGACUCGAGAAUUUAUAGAAUCAGAUUUUUCAGAAAGUAAGAGAAGCAGAAAAGGAGAUAAAAAUGGGAAGGGUCUGAGGCAUUUUUCAAUGAAAGUAUGUGAAAAAGUUCAACGUAAAGGAACAACUUCAUACAAUGAAGUUGCUGAUGAGCUGGUAUCAGAAUUCACAAAUUCUAACAGCCACCUAGCUACAGAUUCGCAGGCUUAUGAUCAGAAAAAUAUUAGACGGAGAGUUUAUGAUGCCCUUAAUGUCCUGAUGGCAAUGAAUAUAAUUUCAAAGGAGAAGAAGGAAAUCAGAUGGAUCGGCCUUCCUACAAAUUCAGCUCAGGAAUGUCAGAAUCUAGAGAUAGAAAAGCAGAAGCGAAUUGAAAGGAUAAAACAGAAGCGAGCCCAACUACAAGAACUGCUGCUGCAGCAAAUAGCAUUCAAAAACUUGGUGCAAAGAAAUCAGCAAAACGAACAACAAAAUCAAGGCCCCCCAGCUUUGAACUCAACGAUACAGCUGCCUUUCCUAAUAGUCAACACUAGCAAAAGAACUGUUAUAGACUGCAGCAUAUCAAGUGAUAAAUUCGAGUAUCUCUUUAAUUUCGAUAACACUUUUGAGAUUCAUGACGACAGUGAGGUGCUGAAGAGAAUGGGAAUGUCCUUUGGGCUUGAGGCAGGCAAAUGCUCUGCUGAGGACCUAAGAACUGCAAAAUCCCUGGUGCCAAAAGCUUUAGAAGGCUACAUCACAGAUAUGUCUGCAGGAUUUUCAUGGAUAAACCAAGGGUUACUUUCAAGUUCAGCACAAGCAGUUUCACAUUUAGAGGUAGCAGGAGGCACUUCUGAUGCUAAAUCAAGUGAGAAGCCAGGGUUGUGUUUGGAUGCUGAAGUGGCCUUAGCAACCGGGCAGUUUCUUGCCCCUAGCAGUCAACAGUCCAGCAGUGCAACAUCGCGCUACUCCGAAUCACGGGGAGAAACUCCAUGCUCAUUCAAUGAUGAAGAUGAAGAGGAUGAAGAUGACGACUCUUCCUCCCCAGAAUAAGGACAGUAGAAAAUGGAAUAUAUGAAAUGCUGCUCAUAAAUAUUCUUAAUUGGGAGCUCCUGUUUGGAUUUUACUUAACUUUCUUGCCUUGGUUUGCACUGUGUUCAGUGAAGCAAAAUGGAAGCUUCAAAACAAAUUCAUCCACAGCUGAAAUUGAAAACUUUUUGUAACUGAGCAGAGUGACAUGCAGACACAAAGCGAAGUGGUUUUUAUCAACUAUAACCAAGGAAAAGAACAAAGUCCCUGGAGAUUUAGCAAAAUAAACAUCAAGUUCAUAUUUUCCAUUUUGAGACAUUCUGUCACAAGUCUGUCUUCCCCUUAUCUUUACCAGAUGGAGAAGAAAACAGUCAGUCAACAAAUGCCAAUUCUUGCAUUGCCUCUUGGCUGUGCUACCUUUAGAAAAAGGGGGAGAGAGAGCACGCGCAAACGCGCUAAAAUAGCUAUUUAAAACUAUCUUAUAUGAAAAUUGUUCUAGGGAAAAGGGGCUGUUAGAAUGUUUGCUUUUUUCUGUUCAACUUGCUGUAUAGAAGAUUCUUAAAGUAAUAUAAAUUGCAAGUGAUUAAAUGAAUCUUGAAAUAGUUUAAAUCCAUUUUAGAUACUCCAAAAGUAACAAUGUCUCUUUUGAAGGUUCAUAUGUUCAUUUAUACUGCAGACCUAAUUUAUUAUAAAUAAGUGAUUAUUCUUAGACAUUAUUAAACAGUCAGCAGUAUUCUCUGCACCAACUGUUUUCAAGGAAAAAGAAGUUUUAAAAUUGUAUUUCUAGAUUAUAGUGUAUCAAGUAUAGCUUCUCUUUUACUGUUCUAACUUUAUAAUCCCUUUAAUUUUAUAGCAUGUGUUGGUUUGGGUUUUGUUUUGUUUUGUUUUGUUUUUUCCAAAAAGGCCUCUAUGUUAAGGCAGCAUGUUUUCAAAUUCAGGGUGGGCAGGUCACAUAACUUUUAAAGUCAGAGGUUGAAGUUCUUAGGGAAAAAAAAAAAAAAAAAAAAACACACAACACAUUUCAACAAUACAUCAUUUAAUGUUUUACCUUCUAGUCAGCCUGGACUUUCUUAGAGUGAAAUUCUGUUGCACUCACCUUGAUGCGCCUUUGAAAAAGAGCGGUAUAGAGCCACUUCUUAAGAUAAUUUGUGGCUAAAAUUACACAACAUGACUCCCCUUUUAACUAUUAGACUUGCAACAGGAGGCUCUGUGUUCUAUAGUUAACAUCACACCCAAUCACAAAGACCUUUUUAAAAAAAAAAAAAAAAACUCAAAUAACAGUGCGAAAUACACUGUAGAUGUACUUUUCCCACGGUGUUGUAACAUCCAGUAUUUUAAUUAGUCUCAAAGUUAACUUUUUAAUUAGGUAAAUCAAAUUUAAAACAGUGUCACUUCUUUUUUGUUUUUAUACUGUAUGUAAAUAGUUGAGCUGUUUCUAAGUACCAGUGUUACUAGCUGUCUGAGCCUAAUGAUGUUGGCUCUGUUAUUUGGUUACGAGAUCCAGCAGCUUGUGAGUCCGUUCUUUGCUGGCGCAGCAGCAGCAGGCUGCAUCCCUUGGCUGCCAUGGCCACUGCCCUACCACCCGGGGGGGUAUCUCCACAUGAUCUUUUACAGACAAACCUACACCCAAGCCAGCAAGAUCCAAAAGCACCAAGGCUGAGCUAGUGAGAUAAACUGAGGCUCCAGCUAAAAAAGCUCCUUGGCUGUUGGGCAGAAGUCAACACACAACUGGCUACAUACAGGACAGGUAAAACUGCCAGGAGUAUUACAAGCACACCUGCAUGUUUGCAUUACAAAUUUAGAAACUUUUCACAGAUAGUCAAAACUCCUGCAUCUGAAGUACAGUUAGGGCAGCACCAUUACUUAAGUGUAGCUCUUGACUGAGUAAGUAGAGAUACCUAGCUUACACAAAUGAGUUGCAAGUGCACAAAUUAAAAGAAUUCUUAUAUGUCUACCAUGUCACUCAUGCUCUGGGCAAGACUGUUAAGACUGUCCUGUGCUCAUGGCUCACAGGCAACAGCAGACUGAGGGAUUCACACCACCUCACUUCAACCAAAUCUGUACCACUACCUCUGUAUGAAGAAAAGCUUUACAAAUACAAAAUAAUAUCCUUGCUGAGGGAGUCAGUGCACUUGAUUCAAGUGGCUCACUUUUGAAAUAAGAGAAGGUAACAGAUACUCCAAGCAUAUUACUAUGGAAUUGCCAGCUUCAUGAAUGACAUUUAAUUUAAACAGUUGCUUUUAUUAUUAAAAGAACAUUGUUUUUUGUGGCUUUUUAAAAAGCAAAACCAAAACUGUCCUGUCAGUCAGCUGUCAUUGGAGAGGGCUGACCAAAGAUACCCAAUAUAUGUAGGAUCCUAAGGAACUCCUAAAGAGGCGAACAUUUUCUAAAGUUAUUAUUCAUUAUUCCCCCAUCCCUAAUACAUUAGGGGCACAUUUAACUUUACACUUUCUUCACAUUUCCCACUCAAGAUCUGUGUAAAAAGAAAAAACAGCAAAACACUAAAACAACUGCUAAAGAGGAGCACUUUGAACUAUAAGAACCUGGCAAAAAAAGGCUCUGUACCCAGAAAUGGAAUGCAUUUUAUUAGCAGUCAGCAUGCUUUCUGCUUUAGAGGAGGAAGAUCUUCACUGAUACCUUCCUUCCAUUGAUGUCUAUGUCCUUCAAAGCAGCAGACUGCGCAACUACUUGCUUUCUGGCAAACUUCAAGCUAUCAACUUUUUUAAAAAAAUAUAAAAAUCUAGGAGCAGAUAACAUUUGUUUAGACAGUUGAACCUAAUAGUUAUUUUUCCUGAAUUAGUUGAAUACAAGAGACAAAACAAGUUAGAACAUCUAGAAGAGACUUCAGAAGAAAAUUCUUUCCUUGGGAUUCUUUGUGCCAAGUUCCAGUUGAGGAUGAAGUUCAACUAAAGCACUGUGGUCUUGUGGUUACACUGAAGUCUGGGAACUAGGAGAAUUUUGGGCCUUAUCCAGCCAUAGUCACUCCUGUCUGAUCUCAGGCAAGCCUUCUAAUCAUUCUUGUUGAUCUUAGCUGACUUUAAAAACCACAAAAAAAAAAACAAAAUCAGGUAAAUGCAGGACCUCACAAAAUGCCACGGUUGCAUCUGAAUUGAGCUCUGAGCAAUUAUGAGAAACAAGGGAGACUGAGAAUAUUAAGCAACCACACAGCUCCCACUACGGUAAUGGCCAUAGCUGUGCUCAGUCACUUCAACAUGCAGGCCUUCCCUCCCUCCCAAAGCCAGCAGCAGACACCUUCCAGAACAAAAUGGUCAUUUGCAAGAUUGGUUUUCCCAUUUUCUGUUCAGUUAACAUCAUCCUCUCCUGUCUCGUGCAAUACUCUUGACAUUUAUUGGUAUGAAACAAGUCUGGUACUAGAUGCUAUUUCUUAUAAAACAAAGUUAACAUGUAAAUUUUCAUGUGUGACAUGUUUCUGUGUCUUGGAACACUAUUUGUUGGUGAUACACCCAGAGGCACUUGGCUGCAAGCAACGUAAUUCUGUGUGUAAAUCAUUUUUUAAUAUAUUGCAGUAAACAGCUUUAUUUCUACACUUACUUUAUGGUGCUUGAAAAAAAAAAAAAUCCAAAUUUGACUAAGAAAAACUUGUCAGCACCACAAAUUAGAUGAGUAGAAGACAGCUUUUUUCUAUUAUGGAGAAAGCUGACAUAAUGUUUGUGGAGUCUUCCUUUUAAAUCAGAUUAAGGUGUGCCAGUCUUCUCGUUUCAACACUGGAAUUACCAGCAACAAGCCACCUAAUCUAAGUGUGUAUAUUUGCGUAAAGACUAAAGCAAAUGAUACCAGUUUAACUGAAGGUAUGAGUUUAACUAACUUCAUUAAACCUAGUACAAGCCACACUGUAGAUAUUUCCAUUUUGGUUAAAGGUUUUGUUUAGUUUUUUUUUUUUAUAUAUAUACUAUAGCUUGCAAAUACUCCUAAUCCUUUUGAGCUGCUGGAAGUUGCUAAUUACACAGAAUACCCACAGAAGGACCUGUGCUGAUCAACUAAGUAAUAUUAUAUAAACAGACUUAACCAAAUUUUAAUCCUUUUUUUUUUUUCUUAUAAGAAAAACAGAACCUUCAAAUUCAUGCAUAACAAUGAUGCCUGAAUUUAAAAUUCCACAGUUAAGGUUUUAAAUGUCAAGUGCUCUUUCUUCUGACCAUAUCCACCAUUUUAAUUCAAGAGCAAUGCUGAAACUUAAUCACAUCUGAACACUGGGCAAUACUAAUUUUUAUAAUUAAAUGGCUCUUGUCAGCUGAAAAUAAUCCAAGCAGUUUAUCAAGACGACUUUCUUUUUAGUGAUCUUAAGAUGUUUGGGGUUUGGAUUAAUUUAAAAACAAAGCUAGUAGCCACAGGGUGUAGUAUAUAGUAAACAAACCAAAACAAGUUAUCUUCCAGCUGGCCCAGCUCACUUAUAGCUUUUCAUUACAAGAGUCUCUCAGGAACAAGUAUUUUAAAUAACCAGAUAUAAUGAAGCUGGGAAAAGACUAUAUGAGCUUUUUAAAUUUUUGAUGUAAAAAAUUCUAGUAAUAGUCAUGCUUUGAGGUUACAUCCUUCUGCCUACUACAAGCUCAAUUAAUUUUAAAGACAGAAAUGCUGCAGCUGAGUUGCUCUAAGGCCUGGUAUAUUUUACAGCUGAAGGUGUCUCAACCUUCAGCACUGGGAAAUGGUGCCUCUUACAGCAUUACUGAUGAACAAAGAAGCAGUUAAGGACUGUCAGCCUGUUCACUGAGUUUUCAGGUUUUAAAAUACGCCAUUUCUCCAAUUCUGACCUGUGUCUAGAAGUACUAUGCCAAUAAAUCAUUCGUAAUGUCUGAUUAUCACACGCCUAUCCUUGCAAGCAUAUUAAUGGCUCUAAAUACUUAAUUUUCUGCUGGAAGGUGUUCACAUAACCAAAUCCUGAUACCAUGAAACUUCCUGACACUCUCAUUCCUUAGACUUAACCAAGUUCCCAAAGAGGAUUCUCUCCUAUUUAGCUGUUAGAAUUCAGUCUGGUGAGUGUUUUUAAGAGGCUCUGAGCAACUGUUCUCCCUGCACCAAGGUAUACUACCAGAAAAUCCCCACAACCAACAUUACUCCCAGUUGUUCAUUCCCUCUGCUAAAUACUACCAUCAAGUCACUGCCAGGCCGCUCAUACCAGUCCUUCCUCGCUUGUUCCAUCUCAUUACCUGAGCUCGCAUCCACGGAUCGCUGACCCCACUGGUGCUGGCAGCUGGGUGAGGGACUGCACAUAAAAGCAAUCCGACAGUAACAACUGAAGGGGCUGUUUAGUGCAGCUGUUUAGAGAGUGCAUAUUCAUUCUACAUCUUUAAUACUCCUACCUUGCUUGGCCUACCCCAAAGAUCAGCCAAAACAAAAAUGUUUUCUUGCUGCUUACAUCUCUUUGACAGUACCCAAGAAUCCAACAUUUAGGAUAGUCGCCUAACCUGCAGGACACCAAAAAUCCUUGCUCAAAAUUGGGCAAAAGAAACAUCUGAGAUCUAACCAUCCAAAUCCAGGAGAAAGCCUCCUGCUUUGGAACAACAUGCAACAAGUGAAUUGCUUAAUUUUUCCUUUCUCUAGUAAGAAAAGCAGGCUGACCAGGGUCAGAUCAGUGACUAGAAGGGCCGUGGUAAUUCCAAGCAGAUACAGGAACCUCCCAGUUGCCCAGACUUGCAUCUCUUCUUGGUAUUGGCUAGAGUAAGUGGCAACCACUUAAUCUUGACUUCUCUAAAUGCUGUUUUUAAAUACUUAACACUCUCCAGGCAUAGGCACUUUAGAUAUAUUAACACCAUGGGAUAGAAGGAUACAGCUAUAUAAAAUUUAAAUCCAGUUGUAGAUGUCAAUCAAACUCGUCUAUCUAUGCAGUAUAUAGGAAACUUUCUCCAAGACAAAAUGAAUCUUUAACAGUGACUUGUAUUUAGUCUAUUCUUAUCCAGGCUGAGUGAAACAGAGAAAUUAAUCUCUGUCACUGUCUGGUUCUUGUGCCUUCAACAAAGCAGGAAUGGCACAUCCAUCAGACCAAAGCAGUCAAAGAGGAAAAAAACCAAACACAUAUCCAUAGUGCUUCCCACUGACAAUUAUACUGAACAGCCACAAAAGUUAAAACAUUGACCGGAGAAGGUUAAGUCCACAAAAUCAGUCUCCUGCUUUUUUGGCGGGUUUGUUAAAUCUCUAAUGUAACUUUAACAAUUAGUAGAUUUGGUUGCACUAGUGCAGGGAUUAAGUGGGCCUCCCAGAAUUUCCCUAGGAAAACACCAGCUGAAUCACAACCCAUCAUACAAGUUUCUCACACAUUCCCUCAUCUCUGAAGCCAGGCUGUAUAUAUGAAAAGUACUUCAGAGAAGUACAUGCAAAUGUUAUGACACUGUAUCUCACAAGUACCUACUGUGAAAGAAUUUCUCCUACUUUGAACGAACCUGUAAGAUCUAGGAUCCGAAUUCAUCCUCAUUCCUCAGGUCCUGACUAAAUAAUGCCCUGGGACCAAGGCCCCAACCUUUGUAUCUGCACAGCCUACACUGCGUCAGGAGUAACUAGACAGCAAGUACAGGCACAGUUUUUACAACGGUACGUGUCUGGGGGCACUUUUGAGAUGAUCUGGCAACAGAUCAAUCCCUUGUCAGUGAGUUAAUGCUGACAUACACACCGACACGUGUUACGGAGCCGCUGCAACAUGCAGGAAGAGGUAAAAGAGGCAGGGCCAUCCGACCCCCCCAUUACAGUAGCACUUUUUAACAUCUACUAUAUUCUGCAUGGAAGCAAGUUGUAGAGACACUUCCUUUUUAUGUGUAAAAUGCAGAAACCACUUGAAAGUCCAUUAACUUUUAAAUUAAGACUUUUUUUUUUCUUGUUUUUCUUCUUUUUAAGAACAAAGCUGUUUUAUGACUUCUUUCAAUGCUGAACUCAAAGAAGGGUUUGUAAACAUGGUGGGUGGGAAAAAAAAAACACUGACAAAUCCAGUUUAUAAGGAUGCUAACUAUAUGGGAUUUUAAGUUUUAAUUAAAUUUUUAAUCCACUUGUCUUAUUCUCUCCCUCCCCCAACAUAUGUACCGGCAUAAAGUGUCACACAAACACUUUGGCAGAAAUUUUUCUCCCUUUUCUUGUGCUAAACUCCUGUGUCUUCAUGAAAGUCCAAAUUGCCCAUUCAUCUUUUAAAUAAUUUGCUGCAUAUUUUUGAAUUAUCCCUAUAUUUCCUCCUUUCCAAGUAACUUUAAAUUAUAAUCUAAAUUUUUAUUUUUGCAGGAAGACUGCUAUUAAGCUAUGUUGAUUUUUUUGUCCUUAUCAAAUAGUGUUAAUUUCUACUACCACAUUGUACAUGGCUAGAAGUAGUGUAAAAAAUAAUGUGGUAGUAUUAUAUGUCCUUUAAACACUGACAAAGAUAUAAAGAAAAAUGCAUAUACAAAGUUUUACUUUCCUAAUAGGAACACUGGCAUUAGCAAAUAGUAUAUUUCAACCAAUAGGAAAUAUUACUUUGUAGUAGCAAAUACUUUGUAAAUAAAGACUUGUUAUUUUUUUAAUGGAAAUUUUAUAGAAGAAGCUAUUUCUCUAUACUCGAUCCCAUGUUUACUGAAAUUGCUGCAAGUGGGAACUGUACAUUGCAAAAUGGGGGUGGGGAGCAGACAAGUCUGACUGAAGGGAGAACUACGUUCACUUUGGAGAAAAACAUCCAGUUGUCUGUGAACUAGAUCAUAAAGCUUAACUGUAGAAGAACCGAAUAAAAGAAUUUCAUGGCAACAGGAUUAGGCUUGUUUUUGAGAAAAAACAUUGUGGAAAAAACGUUGCUCAAGGUUGGCAGUAUAUGUACCUCAUUUUAAUUAAAAAACAAAACUAUUUUACAA